AUGGGUGGUCAAUCUCGCGAAGGCGGCAAAGUCAAGCCCCUCAAGGCUCCCAAGAAAGAAAAAAAGGAGCUCGACGACGACGAGCUUGCCUUCAGAGAGAAGCAGAAAGCAGACGCCAAAGCCAAAAAGGAAAUGGCAGACAAGGCAAAGGGCAAGGGCCCUAUGAACACCGGCCAGCAGGGAAUCAAGAAGUCCGGCAAGAAAUAG